CGUUCGACUACCUCAAAGGAUCCCCGCUUCAAGCUUCAGGCCUCAGGGUUCACAAUUGCAAUUCCCCUGUUUCUCUUCUAGCUGCGCACACCCCACAUCCAUUCCCGCGUCCCCUGAUUAGAACCUCAACCUUGCUACUUCAACACGCUAGGCCAAUCUUUAAAGCUCAACAAGAUCCCUGUGACCAUGUAUAACACAGAUCCAGAUAGCUUGGUUGAUAUUCCUUCCUCGUUCGACACGACAACGGCGGAUGCCGUCUCGCCUUCCGCAACUCAUGGAGAGAGCGAAAAACAGCUGCCAGACAUUCCUGAUAGCUGGAAACCUCCCUCAGAUCCCUAUUUUCAGGAUCUCUUCACCUUCAUAUGUAAAUUCACUUUCAACAAGCCCGAUCUCGAUGAAGUAUGGCAGGAGGUGAGAAAGGAAAAUGGCUGGAAGACGUAUAACAACCACAUGUAUGAUGAGUUGGCGGGUCUUCGUAGAGGCCAAGUAUUAGUAUUAUUUGCGAGUCUUGCAUGCCUGAUGAGUUCAUGGGCUGCUAAAUAUCUGCAAGGAUAUUCCCUGGAAUUUUAUCUCGUGUCCUUAAUUUUGUCGUUUAUAUUGUCCUCUAUGGGACUGCUUUUCCAGGUGUUGUUUGGGUCAUCCGCCACGUUAUUGGAGUCAGGCGACAAUUGUGAGGAGGGUCAACAGUCGUUCGUGGUGGAGCGUUGCUAUGUCCUGUUUCACGUUUGCCAGUUUCGCAUGGCACGGUUUCUUCUCGCCUACUCUUUCGGGUGUCUCGCGGGCGCUCUUUGCAUUAUUGUUCCCAGGACACAUAUUUUUGCCUCUCUUAUGGCGACUGUCACAAUUGGUAGAUUCUUGGACGCCACCUUUAUGAAGGAUCAAUCAAAGCUUACUUUGUUGUACUAUCGACGAUUUGGGUACGUGUGGUUCGGCAUUUUGGUACAUUAUCUUCUAUGGCAUUCAAUAGCAAUUCAUACUAUUCCCUAGUGGAAUACGUAGUAUACUGAAGCCGUUUCUUUUACAUAUUCAAAC